GAACGGAGCCCGACGACGACCAAGUGGCUGGCCAUGAGGGAGAAGGGCCGGCGGCAGGCAGUGCGCGGGCCGGCAUUCAUGUUCAACGCCCGCGGGCCGAGCCUGACAGCGGAAGAGGAGCGCUUCCUGGACGCGGCCGAGUACGGCAACAUCCCGGUGGUGCGCAAGAUGCUGGACGAGUCCGAGACCCUGAACGUGAACUGCGUGGACUACAUGGGCCAGAACGCGCUGCAGCUGGCCGUGGGCAACGAGCACCUGGAGGUCACCGAGCUGUUGCUCAAGAAGGACAACCUGAGCCGCAUCGGGGACGCGCUGCUGCUGGCCAUCAGUAAGGGCUACGUGCGCAUCGUCGAGGCGCUGCUCAGUCACCCGGGCUUCGCGGCCGGCCGCCGCCUGACGCUGAGCCCCGGCGAGCAGGAGCUGCGCGACGACGACUUCUACGCUUACGACGAGGACGGCACGCGCUUCUCCCCAGACAUCACGCCCGUCAUCCUGGCUGCGCACUGCCAGAAGUACGAGGUGGUGCACAUGCUGCUCACCAAGGGCGCGCGCAUCGAGCGGCCGCACGACUACUUCUGCAAGUGCCCCGACUGCGCCGACAAGCAGAGGCGCGACUCCUUCAGCCAUUCGCGCUCGCGCAUCAACGCCUACCGCGGCCUGGCCAGCCCCGCCUACCUGUCCCUGGCCAGCGAGGACCCAGUGCUCACGGCGCUCGAGCUCAGCAACGAGCUCGCCAAGCUGGCCAACAUCGAGAAGGAGUUCAAGAAUGAUUAUCGGAAGCUCUCCAUGCAAUGCAAAGACUUCGUGGUGGGUGUACUGGACCUUUGCCGGGACUCUGAAGAGGUUGAGGCCAUCCUCAAUGGAGACGUGGAUUCCGUGGAACCAGUAGUUGGGCAGCGCCACAGAGCAUCCUUGAGUCGGGUAAAGCUAGCUAUCAAGUAUGAAGUAAAAAAGUUCGUGGCUCAUCCCAACUGUCAGCAGCAGCUUUUAACUAUCUGGUACGAGAACCUCUCGGGAUUACGGGAACAGGCCAUUGCUAUCAAGUGUUUGGUGGUGUUGGUGGUGGCCUUGGGACUCCCAUUCCUGGCUAUUGGCUACUGGAUUGCCCCAUGUAGCAGGCUUGGGAAAAUCCUGCGAAGCCCAUUCAUGAAGUUUGUGGCCCACGCUGCCUCCUUCAUCAUUUUCCUCUGCCUGCUGGUGUUUAAUGCCUCCGACAGGUUCGAGGGCAUCACCACGCUCCCAAACAUCACCGUCAUUGAUUACCCAAAGCAGAUCUUCCGAGUGAAAACAACCCAGUUCACCUGGACUGAGAUGUUAAUCAUGGUCUGGGUUCUCGGGAUGAUGUGGUCAGAAUGUAAGGAGCUGUGGCUCGAAGGGCCGAGGGAAUACAUUUUACAGCUGUGGAAUGUGCUGGACUUCGGCAUGCUUUCCAUCUUCAUCGCGGCAUUCACAGCCCGAUUUCUAGCCUUUCUUCAGGCCACCAAAGCACAGCAGUAUGUGGACAGUUACAUCGAAGAAAGUGACCUCAGUGAAGUCACUCUUCCUCCAGAGAUACAGUAUUUCACUUAUGCUAGAGAUAAAUGGCUCCCCUCUGAUCCUCAGAUCAUCUCAGAAGGCCUCUAUGCAAUAGCUGUUGUGCUCAGCUUCUCCCGGAUCGCCUACAUCCUGCCGGCCAAUGAGAGCUUUGGCCCCUUGCAGAUUUCUCUUGGUAGGACUGUGAAGGACAUCUUCAAGUUCAUGGUCCUCUUCAUUAUGGUGUUCCUGGCAUUUAUGAUUGGGAUGUUCAUAUUGUAUUCCUACUACCUGGGGGCCAAAGUCAACUCUGCUUUUACCACAGUGGAAGAAAGCUUCAAGACUUUGUUUUGGUCCAUAUUUGGAUUGUCCGAAGUAACGUCCGUGGUGCUGAAAUACGAUCACAAGUUCAUCGAAAACAUCGGCUAUGUUCUUUAUGGAAUAUACAAUGUCACCAUGGUCGUGGUCCUCUUGAACAUGCUCAUUGCCAUGAUUAAUAGCUCUUACCAGGAAAUCGAGGAUGACAGUGAUGUUGAAUGGAAGUUUGCUCGAUCAAAACUUUGGUUAUCUUACUUUGAUGAUGGGAAAACCUUGCCCCCGCCCUUCAGCCUCGUGCCCAGUCCCAAAUCCUUUAUUUAUCUCAUCAUGCGGCUUGUUAAUUUUUCCAAGUGCAGGAGGAGAAGACUACAGAAGGAUAUAGAAAUGGGAAUGGGUAACUCCAAGUCCAGGUUAAACCUCUUCACUCAGUCUAACUCCAGAGUUUUUGAAUCACACAGUUUUAACAGCAUUCUCAAUCAGCCAACACGCUAUCAGCAAAUCAUGAAAAGGCUCAUCAAACGGUAUGUGCUGAAAGCCCAGGUAGACAAAGAGAACGAUGAAGUCAAUGAAGGUGAACUGAAAGAAAUCAAACAGGACAUUUCAAGCCUGCGCUAUGAACUUUUGGAAGAUAAGUCCCAAGCAACAGAGGAGUUGGCGGUUCUAAUCCAUAAACUCACAGAGAAACUAAAUCCCAGCAUGCUGAGAUGUGAAUGA